AUGUCAACGGGAAAAGUGUUUAUUUUAUUUAUAUGCUUUGGGGGAAUUUAUGGAGUACCUCUACGUUUUAAAAGGCACUAUCACUACUUACAAUUACCCUUUUGGAAUGUGCCCUGUGGCGAACCUGUGACUGAUAAUGUGAUAACCGGUGUAAGUGAACAGGAGAUUGAGGCUAGUUUGGAGAGAAUUAAAAAUCAACAUCAAAAUGCACUCUCGGAUUACCUCCAUCAUGAUUAUGAGUAUUUGUAUGAAAAUGUCAAAGUUGGGCCGAAGGAACAUCAGUUUAUUCCUAAUUGGGUUCCGGGGAAAAAGGAGAUUAUCGGCCACUUGCCAAAACUGCACGUUGACUUGCAGAAAUUUUCCGUGGCAAUUGACCAAAUGAUACAAGACGAGCCUACGGUCAGAAUCGGAGAAGCCUUGAAGAAGACCAAAAUUUACCUUCAAAUGAUGCUGUGUGAAAUUGAAAGCAGCAUUGCUAAUUUUGGAGAUUUAGAAAUUCCCGAGAGAAUAAGCAGAGACAUUAUGUCCGCGGAAGAAAGAGCUCCUAAUGACGAGACGAUACGUCUCGUCAGAGAUUGGGGAGUCAUGCUCAAGUACAAAAAUUAUUUACACGCUUGGAAGCAUGUUUUUGAUCAUUAA